AUGUCCGCAGUACUUCUUCCUGACUCCCGUAUCACCUCAAUGGUGAUGGGAGACGACAUCUUUGCGUAUGCACAAGCUUAUGAUGGCGAUCUGUACCAGUUUGUCGGGGCUGUUGACGACGGCGUGGCUUACUACGGCCAGAGGAGGAAGUCGGGCGUCAUCAUCGAGCGCCUGCGAGGCAGCAAGCCUGGGCCCAACGCCCCCAAGCUUUUCACGCCGCUUGCCGCUGUGUCGUUCGUGGAUGAGCUCAACAAGCCGAUGGCCGAGAAGUUUGUCUUUUAUUUGGACGAUAACAACAUCCUCCACGACCAGUACUACAACUCGACCACCAACAACGAAUUUCAACACGGGACUUUGUCGAGCCUGAAGAUCGAAUGUGCUCACUACUCGUCCUUGGCCGCCGUCACCAUCAAGGGCGACGUUGUGAACCACAUGUGUGUGUUCUACCAGACCCCCGGCAAGGACGGCGCCGUCAAAAUGGUUAGCUUUGCCGGCUGGCAUCGAACCUGGGAGUUAGGUCAGGCCAACCUCAGGGACCCGCCCCUCUACGGCACCUCUUUGACCGCUGUGCCUCCUCGUCCCCGGCAUUCUGGGGCGGAGUGGCUCGGCCCCGGGCAAACGCAGGACAGCCGGUAUACUACCUCCAAAUGGACAACAAUGCUGUUGGGAGUGGACAGGGCACGUCAGCCUCUCCCGCUGUCAGGCUACGACAACGACGGCAAGCCGGUUGCGUUCCCGCCUCACACAAGCCUUACCGCCGUGGACAAUGGCUCGCAGCUCCAUCUCAUCUACAAGUCGCACUCCGGAAAGGUGAAGGUGAUCCGCCUGGACCCCAACCAAGGCCUCCAAGUCCCCGAACUGUUCUUCCACGACCUCAACGUGGCACCCAGGAGUUACAUAUCCGCAUGCCUGGCCCCCAACACGGGCAUCAACACCAGCAUCGUCUUGUUCUACCAGGUCCUUGACGAGGUCUCCAGAAAGGUCCAGAUGACGGCCAGGGUGGUAUCCAGGCCCACCGCCGCCGCCAGUGGUACCCAGUGGAAUGUGUCGGACAAGGAAAUCCUAGGGCGGUGUGAUGUGCAUUUGUGA